AUGGACACCGAGUACCAUAACAUGUCCCUCAAGGAGACGCUGAAGUACGAGAGGGAGCGCUCCGCGGUCGAGAAGAUCGAUCUUCAGGAUGAGAUCGAGAAGCGCGACGAUACUAUCGCGACGCUGACCCCCGAGUUCACCCGUCUCACCGAGGCACUCCGAGCACACAAUAUGAAGGUGCGCCGCAUGCUGAAGGCCAUGGAUGCAGUGCGCCUUCUUCGCUCGAGCGACGGUGAUGCCGACACCGAAGCCGUCGUCGCUGCACUGAAUAAGAUCGCGGCGCUGGGCAUUGGGACCUUCUGCGAUGCCCUCACGGUGCUCAAACCGGAAACGGCACCGACGUACUCCAAGCCUGGCACGGGAGUCAAGGGGCUGGGCCCCAAGGUGGUCGCGAAGCUACGUCUCGCCUGUGCGCUGGUGGCGCUCAACAUGAAGCCGAGAACUUGGGUCGCCGACCUGUUUCCAGACACCUGGGAGGAGCAGUGGCCGAAGACCGUGGCCGACAUGGCCAAGCAGACCGCACCUGUGCAGCAUCCUCCGACGAAGCGCAAGAAGGCGGCAUGA